UCGAAGAAGAAGAAAAAAUAAAAAAAGAAAAAAGAAAAAUAAAAAUGGCGAGCCCAGGCGGAGAUGGCGGAGUUUCUGAUGCUGCAGGUUCACCGUUUCCGGCUGCGGACGUCGACAGAGAAUUAAACCCCGGCCAUAACAGGCACGUUGAAGUCGAUCCUGUUUCCUCUGAAGUUGCUGUAUCUUUGGAAAAAAAGGAGCAGGCGAAGAGGAAAGCGGUGGAAGAAGAACGAAAGGAAGCAAAGAAGAACGAUACGAUGAAGACAUUGAAGACAACGUUCAUCGUCUCCGGCGUGAUCGCGGCGGUGGCAGUGGCGGCCUUCGCCAUUGUUAAGAAAUUACGGGAGAAUUGAUCCGUUCUGAGACUUGCCUCCUCCCUCGCUCUUCUCUAAUUUUUCUUUUUCCCCCUUUUUCUUUUUUUUGUUUAUUUUUUGACUUUUUCUGCUGUGUGUUUGUUUCCCGGGAAAAAAAAAAGAUGAUGUUGAGAAAAUGAUUUUCUUUCGUUAGAAUAUCAGAAGGAGAGAUAUUUUUAUUUUAUUUGUCCAUAUAUAUUAUAGACUUGAAUUCCUUCAA